AUGACGUUUGAGUUCAUCGAUGUAAUGAGUUUCGGCAGCGGUGACGUAUUUUAUAAACUCAUCGGCGUUUUUAAUGGGAUCAGACUCCAGACUUUUGUGAAGUUCAUUAAGUUUCCGUCGAAGAUCUUGCAAUGUAUUUGCUUUAACGUCACCGGUUCUCGAAGCGUUACCGAUCUUCUCAUUUUGCAACUCAGCAAGUUUCAGCCUCACAUCAUUGGUGGUUCUAGAAACUGCAUCGGCAAGCGUUUCGAGAUGAUGUUUGAUUUUUUGAGCAACUCCUUCCAGCUUUUGUGGGAUUGCGUUGGCGGCUACUUCGGCGACUCUGUCCUUUACGUCUGUGAUCGCCUGGUCCAGGUUGGCGGCGUGGUUGGUUUGGGUGGGAUCUUGAAGCGCCGAGUUGACGUUGGUGUGGAGGUAUGUAAUUGGUUCCUCCAAGCGCUGCAAUGGCGCAUCGAUCGUCAAAUCAGCGCCGUCGAGCUGAACUUUAAUAUUGUUGGCGGCUGCUAUGGCGCUGGACAAUUGCUUAAUUUCAAUGUCAUUCAUGAACUUUCCAACUUGUCUACCCGCUUCGUCAGCCGCCUCCGACACCGCAGUGAGGGUGCUUUGAACGGCUAA